CGACUCACUUUUCUAGAUCUUUUCCUAUCUCCUUCUACUAGUUUGACCAGUAUUCAACUUGAACAUUGAUGGCCCUCGUACCUCCCGACCCCGCCGCACAUGCUAUCCCGGAAACAGAGCAGGACAACAUCUGCUUGCCUGAGCAUUGCUACCAAGCUUUUGAUGCACUUUAUUGUUCGCUCACAGACGCUGAACCUGUUCCACCUCUCUUUGCGGAUGACAAGUACCCCCUAUUCGUCACCUGGAACACGCGCUCAUCUCGCCCCGGCCGCGCUCCACGGCUACGAGGCUGUAUCGGCAACUUCGAGGCCAUGCCCAUACGUGAUGGUAUAGCACAGUAUGCGCUCAUCAGUGCGUUUAGAGACCAUCGCUUCAGGAAGAUUGAAGAUGAUGAGCUGGAGAGCUUGGAGUGCGCAAUAUCGCUACUGACUGAUUUCGAAGACGCCGACUCAUACCUCGACUGGAGCAUCGGCACCCACGGCAUCAGCAUCUCCUUCCCGCAUCCCUCCACCCUGCCCGUCUCCACAUCCUCUUCCUCUUCCCCCUCGCCCCUAUCCUCCGCCGCAUCGCUCCUGUCUACCGCCUCCCCCUACAAGCCGGCGUUUUCGGCUACCUAUCUCCCUGAGAUUGCGCCGGAGCAAGGGUGGGAUAAGAUCGAGACGGUGGAUAGUGCGAUUAGGAAGGCGGGGUGGAGUGGAAGGAUUACGGAGGAUUUGAGGAGGAGUGUGAGGGUUAGGAGAUAUCAGAGCAGGAAGUGCACGAGGUCGUGGGAGGAAUACGUGGAAUGGAGGAAGGGGAGGGGUGGAAGGAUGGUUGGUGAGGGCGAGGAAGUGGAUGUGUAG